AAUAUCAAAAAUUAUAAAAACCAUAAUCAUGUAAAAUGUAAAUACAAAUUUAAUAAAUUUAUUGUCAAGUCUGGCUUUAAUUCCUAAAUUGUUUUAACCUUUUCUAUUGCAUUAUUUCAGUUUUGUUUUUUUUUUUUUUAAAAUGAGUUGCCUUCUUAGUAAAUUUUCCAGUAUCAAGUCAACUGUUCAGUUACGGAAAUUAUCUGUGCCUGCUAAUUCUUUACUUGCGAGAAGAACAUUUAAUCAGCCAAAUUAUAAUUUAAAGAGAUUUCAAAGCCAAUCCAAUUCUCUUUUAGGACCUUCUUUAUUUUGUAUAUCUGUUUGCACUUGGUCAAUAGUGUUUGCAUCAGUUAUUCAAUAUGAGCGAUUUCGUGUUCGUGUUAAGCGAGUCAAUGUUUUUGAAUUUUACAGAAAUUCUAUCAUCAAGAAAAAUGAGGAUCUUUUUUCCAAGUUAAAAAAUAAUUUCAAUAAAUUACAACCAUCAGAGAAAGUAUUUGGUACCAUACUUCUAUUAAAUGCCAUUGUUUUUUUUGCGUGGCAAGUACCGCAAUGGCAACAUAUCAUGAUCAAAUAUUUUAUGACUGAUGCACUUGCUAGGAAAAUUCCAGUGUCAUCUCUUCUUCUAAGUGCUUUUAGCCACAGCUCUCCAGUACAUUUCUGUUUUAAUAUGUAUGCUCUUCAUUCAUUUUGCCGAGGUGUGAUCCAACCAUGGGGUGAAAUGGGACCGGAAGAAUUCACUGCAAUGUAUAUAAGUGGUUGUGUUGUUUCAUCAUUGGCUAGUAUUAUUUUUAGACGAACCUUUAAAUUUCCAGGAAAUAGCUUAGGAGCUUCUGGUGCUAUAUUAUCGGUUGUUGGAUACUUUUCACUAUCGAACCCUGAUCAAAAAUUGGGUAUAAUAUUCUUACCAAAUAUACAAUUUGAAGCAAUCAAUGCCUUAUUUGGUAUAAUAUCCAUAGACCUAACAGGAUUGCUUCUGAAGUGGCAAGUGUUCGACCAUGCAGCUCACUUAGGAGGAACAUUAUUUGGAAUGUUUUGGUACAAAUAUAUGUCAAACUAUGUAUGGGGUAAUCGAAAACAUAUUGUAAAUAAUUGGAUAAAACUAAAACAAAUUUUUCGUGUCAGGGAUGUGUGAAAAAGUAAUUUUG